AUCAGAGGACCCUGAAAGCUGCGCAAGCGCAUGAUGGACCAGUAUUGAAGUCCUUGAAAAUCUCCUGGCUGUGAGUUGGGCUUCUGAGACGGUGUGAUGCUGGCGGCAGUCCGAGGGCUAGCUCGGGUCGGGCUGAGAGCUGUUGGGCGCCCUGCAGUGCUAUUGCAGACUCGGUUUCAAGGAAAUGAUGCUGCUGAAACUAAGCUCACCAUUAGACCAAAGGAUGAAAUAACACAGAAACGGCUGUCUGUCUUUGGAGAAUAUGUUGCUGAGAUUCUGCCUAAGUAUGUUCAACAAGUCCAGAUAACAUGUUUCAAUGAACUGGAAAUUUUAAUUCAUCCAGAUGGAAUCCUUCCCGUGAUAUCUUUUCUAAAAGAUCACACAAAUGCCCAGUUCAAAUCCAUAGUUGAUCUGACAGCAGUUGAUGUUCCAACUCGACAAUACCGUUUUGAAAUUGUCUACAAUUUCUUAUCUCUACACUACAAUUCCCGAAUUCGUGUGAAAACAUACACUGAUGAAUUGACACCAAUUGAGUCUAUUGUACCAAUAUAUGAAGGGGCAAAUUGGUAUGAAAGAGAGGUCUGGGAUAUGUUUGGAGUAUUCUUUGCCAACCACCCAGAUCUGAGGCGAAUCCUUACAGAUUAUGGGUUCGAAGGUCAUCCUUUCAGGAAAGAUUUUCCCCUCUCUGGAUAUGUGGAGGUCAGGUAUGAUGAUGAGGUGAAGCGAGUAGUCGCUGAGCCAGUGGAAUUGUCUCAGGAGUUCCGCAAAUUUGAUCUGAACAGCCCUUGGGAGGCUUUUCCUGCGUAUCGCCAGGCUCCUCAAACCUUGAAGGUCGAAGCAGGAGAGAAGAAAGGAGAUGAGAAACAGCAGUGAAAAGGGGAGGGAAAUGGGUACAUUUUCUACCUCUCUGCACAAUUAUGUGUGUAUAUAUAAUAAAUAGAAAUAAAACUUGG